AUGGAACGUCUCAGACGACUGCUCGUUCAUCACAACCACCGUCUCUUCCAACGUUUUCGAACGGAAACAACAAAGUCGUCCUCUGCAGACAACGCUUCACCGAUCCAGUCCCUCCCAAACGAGAUCCUGUACCAGAUACUCAGUUCCCUCCCGCUACACGACGAAUUCGCUCUCUCUCACACCUGCAAAGGCCUUCGUGUCCUCACGCACAGGGACUGGACCCUCGCCCUUAUCUCACUCCCUCGCAACCACAAACUCGCCUUCUGGACGGGCCUCGCUUACACCAAGCCGAACCACUGGGUAUGCAGCCCCUGCUGCCAUCUUCACAGGAUUUGUACGCAAGAUAUCCCCGGAGCCGAGAGCCACAACCCCUUUCCCUGCCAGCAAAACUCUCGCCACAUUUUUAAUCCGAAGAACUACAAUCUCCGGCAUGCGCACGUACAGCUCGCUCUUAAAUUGGCUCGUAUGAGUGACAGCGGGGCAAUAGACAAGAACCAGCAACAACUCCUCGAGGACAUCAUGGCGCCAUUCACAUCGCGAGUAGACGUACCUGCAAACCUCAUCUCCACCACGAGCCGGUACGCCUUCACACCCAAGAUUAUCGAGGGCAGGUUCCUGAUUCACAUGGAGCACGAGGUCCGCGAUAACCUCGAGGCCGGUUUGCUUCGGACGACCUGCUCCAGGCGCGUCUGUCCGCAUCUGAUGAUCUUACUGGAGCCCAAUGGACAGGUUAUAUUCGACGACGACGGUGUGAACAUCAACCAGUGGUUGGGCUGGGGCCACCCCCGGUAUGUCAGUAGAUACAUGGCGUCAUCGGAUGUCAUGGACGGCAUCCGCGUUGCGGUCGACGGGCAUGGGUACGAGUCGAUUGGCCACUGCAACCGUUGCGCGAUGGAUUACACAAUCAUUGCGUCGCACGGUGUUGUGACACUUCACUCGUGGCAUGAUUUGGGGGCGUAUGGGUCACCUGAAAGUAACGAGUGGAUGGUGCAUAUUCAGACGGCGGAGAAUGACUCUUCUAGGGGACCGACUGUAUAUCAUGAGCUUGGUAGUGUGCAGCAGAUGUACUUGGAAGGCUGGUAG